UUGCAGGUGGCCGUUGUGCAGUGUGGUUUAAAAAAGGUGUCGCUAAUAAAUUUGCGAAGCGCCGAACAGCAGCAAGUUAUUCAGCUACCGAUUACUCUCAAGGGGCUCAACGUUGGCGAAAAAUAUAUUGCAUUCUGGGACGAGCAUCAAGUGGCUCUUUAUGAAAUAGUCAGUGCGACAACGGCAUCGCUGCAGAUGCAGCCAGCAACCAGCUUUGCUUGCUCUGUUUCCUGCGCUGCAGUUUACCAGCAGGGUGUUUGUUGCAUUGAAGCCGAUAAACUCAAUUUUAGGACAUUUCAGGGCACAGUUAAGCAAACGAUAUCAAUGCCCGAAAUGGAAGGCGAUCCGAUGAUGCUGGAUAUCAAUGGUUCCUGGAUGUGUGUCACUAACAGCAAUGGCUUCAUUCGUAUUUACGAUUUAUCCGCAAGGUAG